AUGGAUGUUGCAGCGCUCGCUGCUACCGAGGUCCUCCCGAUACCACCUUCAGCUUCUGCCUCGACAGCAACCGCCUUGCCCAUCCCAUCGAGCGUCGCUGCUUCGACCUUGUCACCAGCCGUUGCCCCCAAUUCGUCCCAGCUCGAGCCGCUGUCGAAUGCACAGACUGCUCUCGCUCCUACCACACCCACCACACCUGCUGCAAUCGUCCCUGCAACGCCCGACCACUACUUUGAGCCCAAGGGUGUGCCCGUCUUCAAGCCAACGUGGGAAGAGUUCAGGGACUUCAAGUCCUUUGUCGCCUCGGUUGAGCCCCUUGGCUACGAGGCCGGCCUGGUCAAAAUCAUCCCACCGACCGAGUGGAUCGAUCAGGUUUGCCGGCAGCACUCGGUCCUGGCCACCUCCCUCCCGAGCAUUCAUAUCCGGAAGCCCAUUGUCCAGAAUAUCAAUGGUGGAGGUCUUCCCGCUGGCGCCUAUCGGCAGCUCAACGUCGAGGCAAAGAAUCCAAGCACCUACAACAUCCAGGAGUGGUUUGAGCUCACCGAGACACCCGAACAUCACACUCCCACCGCCGCGACCAAAGAUCGCUCCUAUGAGAAGCUCAGCAACCCUCUCCGGUCUCUCAAAAAGCCCGUCCGGCACUCGACUGUGGGCAUUUCUGCUGUGGCUCAGGCUUCCGCAUGCCAAUUGCCUGCAGUUCCUCAGCAGCAGCCCCAGCAGCCAAGCGAGUCGGUAUCCUCCAUGGCCGAACCAUCACCACUCGGGGCUGCCAUACCGGCCCCACAAGUGUCUGCGAAUUGUGCUCCCGCUGUCGACCCGAUCAACAGCUCAGUACCGAGUGCAUCACCCACGGCGGACCCACAACCUGCUGCUGCAGCUGAAGACUCGGAACUCAUGAUGCCAGUGCAGGGGUCCGAUGCCGUCGCGCCGCCGAAUCCCGGAAUCCUGGGACCUGAUGACAAACCAACGGCCCGUGACGACAAUGCGGCCAAUGCGGCCAAUGCGGCCGAUGCCGGGUCGCUGACCAACCCUCCGUCCGAGGGCGCAGCCCACCCUGCCGAGCCCUCCAUCUCCAAACCUCCAAGACGCAAGCGGGACAGCGGCGCGGCCCUGGAGCACGACGCUGUGCCGAUCCAGUUCGAUGUGAGCGAGCUGCGGACACCAUACGACCUUGAGUACUGCAAGAGUCUGGAGCGAUACUACUGGCGGAAUUUGACAUACCUUGCGCCACUCUAUGGUGCCGACCUCCCGGGCUCUCUAUUCAGCAGCGAGGUGACGUCGUGGAAUCCGCAGUGCCUGGACAGUCUGCUCAAGUCGAUCCGCAAGAAGCUCCCUGGAGUGAAUCGGCCGUAUUUGUAUUGGGGCAUGUGGAAGGCCACCUUUGCUUGGCAUGUCGAGGACAUGGACCUGUUUUCCAUAAACUACAUUCAUUUCGGAGCUCCCAAGCAGUGGUACGUUGUGCCGCCCAAGCACGGCAAAAAGUUCGAGUCUGUGGCCAGGGCCAUAUUCCACUACGAGGCUGCCCAGUGUCCCGAGUUCCUCCGCCAUAAGACCUCGAUCAUGUCACCAAAGUUGCUGCGCGACAACCACGUUCCGUUCCACACACUCAUUCAACAACCGGGCGAGAUCGUCAUCACCUUCCCCUCGGCCUAUCAUCAAGGAUACAACCUCGGCUUCAACUGCGCCGAAUCUGUCAACUUUGCCACGGAGAGCUGGCUCCCGAUCGGCAAGAAGGCUCGAUACUGCCGCUGUGUCAGCGACAGUGUCAGGCUGGAUGUGCCGCGGCUCUUUGAGGACAGCCCAAAGCCAAAGUCAAAGAAGCACAAGGCAGAACCCGCUGCUGAUGACGCCCAGAAGACGCAGGAGUCGCCACGAAAAGUGCAGAAGCCGAAAGCGAAGCUGUGCAUGUGCGAGGCUGCUGCCCAAGGUCCAUCCGAUGCUGGCUCAGAGGGCGCGACCGAGACUGAUGUGGCGAAGGAUGGUAUCAAAGCCGAUGCUGCGCAAGAUAGCAAAGCUGAUUCGACAACGAAUGGCAAAGUCGAUGUGAAGAAAACGCCCAAGAAAGCCUCCCCCAAGGAACCAAAGACACCCGCCAAGAACGAUGGCAGUGUGCCGGCCAAGAAGAGCUCAAAGAAGGUCAAGGCCGAGCCCAAAGACCGCGGCACCGAGAGCGCGGGUGGUACUCUACCCGUCCCGCAUGGAGCUGCGUUGCCGAGCCCCGGCUCUGAACACAAGCGCAAGGUGCCAGACGAAAGCCUGGAUCACCCGACACUACCAUCCACACCCAAGACCCCAAAGAAGCCCAAGACUAAGCCCGAGCCUCAAAAGUGCUGUCUAUGCCCCAAUAUCGGCGAGGAGCUCCUCCCCACCGACCAGCCCAAGAAAUGGGCACACCGUCUGUGCGCCACAUAUGUCACAGAAACAAGCAUCGGCCCCGACCCUGAGAACAAGGAACGCGAAAUAGUUACGGGGGUCGGCAAUAUUCCCAAGGCACGGUGGUCACUGAAAUGCUCCCUGUGUAAAUCCAAGGGUUCCAAGUACGGUGCGCCUGUGCAGUGCAGCAAGGGCAUGUGUCUCAGCGCUUUCCAUAUCACCUGUGCCAAGAACGCUGGUCUCCAUCUUGGUGAGGCGCUCGAGGGCGCCGGAGUCAUGGAGAUUCUCUGUCCGCGCCACGAUGAGCGAACGGAGACACAGCGACGAUUAGAUAAGGAGAAGAUGCUGGAGGAGUCGCGGUCGCGGAUACAGCCAGGCGACUGGGUCGUCAUCAAACACGACAACGGUGGGUGCUACGAAGCCCUUGUACAAGAAAACCAACGCGAGAGUCGAUCGUGCAAGGUGUUUUUGUCCGUGGGAUGCUAUUCGGUUGUGCCGUGGCUGGCGAUCGAGAAAGUCUUCAAGAUCCAGCCUGAUGCCCACUUGCCCCCGGCCACGGCUCAGACAGAUGCGCCGCCCCCUGAAAUGCAGUGCUGUGCGCCUCAGGCACCGCCGACAUCGGUGGUCGCUUCAAUCAGCCCUGCAGUGAUCAGCCCCGCAGCGAUCAGCCCUGCUCCGACCGGCCCUGUAUCGACCGGCCCUUCUCCUCCUCCUGCCACACUUUCAUAUCCCUCAGUCCAACCUGGCGUGCCAGUUAGCCACAGCCUGGCCCCAGCCUUCGAUAAUAUGGCCCAUUGA